GAGGAGAAAAAUCCCGACGGAGAGGGGCGACCUGUCAGCCUCGGGUUCACUCAGCCCUGGAGCGGGUCACGCAGCGGAGCAGGUAGAGGCCUGACAGGCAGUGAGUUAGGAGGCCGCGUGGGGGGGGGGCUUUCCAUGAUUAGACCCUGCUGACUCUCCUGAGACGUCGAGCCGGACCCCUCCCCCUUUGCACCUCUCGGCCGCUCGACUGUUCUCAAGGGGUCAAAAACGGUAAAGCUCCUCGACUGCUCCGCCGGCUGCCGCCUCUGCAGGCUGAGCCACGCCAUGCAGAGGAGUCCCUGCUCGGCCGACGCAGCUGCUCAGCAGCGGAGGAGUGAAGCCGGGUCGUCCAAUAGUUUCAAAGCCUUUGGAUGCCCCGAGCAGCUGGAUGCCAAGGAGAGCCGGGACUGUGAGGACCCCAGAGAAUACUGUUAUGGUGGAUACCACCCCGUCCAGAUCGGCGACACCUUCAACAGGAGGUAUCAGGUGGUGUCCAAGCUCGGCUGGGGCUAUUUCGCCACCGUCUGGCUGUGUCUGGACCUCAGAGUAUGUCGGCACGUCGCAGUGAAGGUGCUGAAGAGCGGUGCAGGCUUCACCCAGGCGGGACAGGAUGAACUGGCUCUCCUACGAUGUGCCAGCGGUCCUACGAGCCGUCAUCCUUUCCGGCAAAGGGUCGUUCAGCUGCUCGAUGACUUCAAGCUGGCCGGGGUCAACGGGGUCCACAUUUGCCUGGUGCUGGAGCUGCUGGGGCCCGACCUGAGAAGCUGGCAGCUCUGUUUCGGGAGCCCAGGGCUGUCACGGCAGUGGGCCAAACAAAUUCUUGGUCAGGUUCUGCAAGGCCUGGACUACCUUCACGCCACGUGUAAAAUCAUCCACACGGACAUCAAGCCAGAGAACAUCCUGCUGUGCCUGGAGGAGCAGCCUCACAAAGCGCCAGUGGGGGGCAGCCGCUCCCCGUCUCUGCUGCCCGGGAAGGCGUCGUCGUCCAAGUCCACAGAGAGGGAGCGGGCGAACCCUGACAGUUUGAAGGAAAUCACAGUGAAAAUUGCUGACCUGGGCAGCUCCUGCUGGGUGUACAAACAUUUCUGUGAAGAGAUUCAGACCCGACAGUAUCGCUCACUAGAGGUUUUACUGGGAUCUGAGUAUGGCCCGCCUGCUGACAUCUGGAGUGUGGCCUGCAUGGCCUUUGAAUUGGUCACUGGAGACUCGCUGUUCGAGCCCAAAGCCCGGGAGUCCAUUUCCCUGGAGGAAGACCACAUAGCCCAGAUCAUGGAGCUGCUCGGUAAAAUCCCACCGUCUGUUGCCUUGUCGGGUAAAUACUCGGCAGAGUACUUUGGUCAAAGAGGUGACCUGCGCCGCGUCGGUCCACUCGGGCUCUGGAGCCUUUAUGACGUUCUCGUGGAAAAAUACCACUUCCAGUUAGAGGAGGCCUCUGGGUUCUCCGGCUUCCUUCUCCGCAUGUUGGAUUAUCAUCCGGAGAGGAGGGCCACCGCAGCGACGUGCCUCGGCCACCCCUGGCUGACCGCACAAUAGCCCGUGAUGGCUAUGCAGGGCAUCGGGCCCCAUCCACAGUCCUCGCAGCCAGAUGCCGUCAGCAGUUGGACUGGAUUAUUUCAGGGCAUCAUUUUUAGAAGACAGUUUGUGUGCUGCUUUGAAAUGUGAAUUCCUGCCAAUAUCGAGUAGGGAAUAAGAUACUCUUCUCCAGUGAAGGCCUAUUGUGCACUUUAUGCUUCUAAGGUGUUUUAAAAAAAGUAGCUAAGUUUGACUGUCAGACCUUUGAGUCAGAUAAGAAGCGGCCCCUCAUGACGCUGACACAGCGAGCCAGUGUGACGCUGUUUGAUGCAAACCGCUGUUGUUCAGUGAAAUUGAAUGUCACCGAUGAAAUCAAAAAAAAAACGUCGCAUGGUCUUUCACGGCGAAUGAACAGGGUAAUGAGCCGCUUUAAUUUCAGUGCACGAGUCGG